GGCGUACGAAAGAUGGGUCAGGCGUUUCGUCGAGCAUCUGGAAGAUUCCAAGCUCCUUCUGCUGCUGAUACGAUGCCGUCGAAACUCAAGAGCGGCUUCGAUCGGAGGCCUCCACCUCCUGGCAAGCCGGAGAUCACGAAGUCCGGCGAACAAGAUGCAGUGGAAGCGGGUAAUCGUCCUAGGAUUAAUGCUGACAACGUCUUGGAAGAAAGAGAUCCUAAAUUUGAUUCUAUGCUUGGUCAAAUGGUUGGUAGAAUUACAUCAAAGCCUGGAGGGAAACUUGAGAUGGGCGAGGCUGUGGUACAGAAAUAUAAGAGGCCUAUGCCAAAACUGCGAAACACAAAUCUGGAAUCUGGCAGGUACGAGGAAAGGCCUGUUCCUUCAGGCACCUUAAAUGUGGCACAGUUAAGGCAUGUCAUCCUCCUUCAUGAAGGCAAGGCUGAUGAUCACGACGGACGAAUGGAUGUCCAGCAGAUUGCUGAAAGAUUCCAGGUUGAUAAUGUGCAGAUUCAAAAGAUCUUGCAGUUCCUAUCACUCCCUCUUGAAGAUAUCAAUAGAGAAAAGAACAGACCGGGAAGCUGAGUGACCUUGAGAGAACUAUUGACAGAGCCAGUUCUAAACAGGUUUGAAGACUAAAUGGGGUCUUACCCUUUGGAAAAUGAUUAAAAUCUUCCACAGAAGCUCGAAUGUGAUACUGUGAAUCUGAGGUGUUUAUCGACUUCUAGGCGACUGUGUUGUUCUGUUAUCACGGAAAAGCCCAAGUACUUGAAUUUUGUUAGGAUUAUUUCCAUGUCCAGAAAAGUUGGUCAUAGUCAUGGAUAUUUCAUCUAGGGGGAAGUUUUAACGACCCGCAAACCAAUGUUUGAUUUCGUGUUCGUUCAUUCUUCAGGCUUAUAAUGCCAAGGAAUCUGACUCGAGCUGUGCUUUCAGGAGAAUAAGAAACGAGGGAGUUUUGCCUGGCAACAUAUCGUGUGUUGUUUGCUUUGUAUUUACGUAAAGAUUCUUGGAUAAUUAGUCUUGCCGCCAACAGGUUGAGCGUCCCUGUCCACCCAUAUGCAAGGGUGGUUAAUUUUCUU